AUGGGAACACCCAAUGAAACCAGAUCAGACCUGCAGUCAGAGGACAGAGUGUGUCCUGAUCCAAGGACAUUUCAGCCUCGUCCCAGAAGACUGCUAUCAGCCGAUGGAAAGACUCUAGUAAACCUGUGGUUCAUCCCUCAUCAUACAGAAGUGCUGCUCAUGUUCAGGGCUCUGGAGGAGAAGGAAUGUCAUCAGGCUCUUCAGAACACACUGCAGAUUAUUUCAGCUCUUCAUGACAUUGUCUAUUACUUGGUGAGCUUUGCUCGGCUGGGGAAUCCAAAUACUUCCUUCAGUCCCGACAGCGCUCAGAGGCUCACAGCGGACUGGGGCGGCUUAGAGAGCAUCGGGGCUGAACUGUGGGACGUCCAGCGACAGAUUGACUCUCUCUGUGAGCCCAGAAGUUCAGAGAAUGUCGGGCGGCUCCUGCAGCUACACAGGGAUGUGCUCUUCCUGCGCUUCGAUACCGCAGUGCGCUACAUGAUCAGGGAGAUGUUCCUCUCCUCUGGAAACCUCUCGGCCUAUCAGAGCGUGAGUGAAAACAUGAGCCACGCCCUCCCUAUCAUGAGUGACAGCGCGCUGAGAAAAGCCAGUUUCCUCCCUGUUCCUCAGCCGUUAGAACCGGCUUGCCUUCAGGCCCAAAAAUGGUAUCCAUGGAGAUCUUUUCUUGCAAUCUAUGGAUCGCACCCUUUCAUCAUAUGGGACGUCUCCCAGAUUGAGCAUUACAUGCAGCUCUGCCUCUGUGAUCUGAAUGACCGCUGUAGAAUGGAGGCUAAUGGGGCGAUACUGGGCGUAUCUUUGAUCAUUGAUGAUGUGCUCAGUAGUGGAAGAGAUGCAGCGCCCCUCCGGCUACAGACCACGGGAGACCCCGACAUCACUGCGACGUUCGAUAGAGAGGAUGAGAAUGCAUGA